AUGUCGGCCACACUCAUUAACAUCGACGACCCCGACGCGCUCGAGCCGACGCUGCAGUCGAUCCUGGAUCAGCGGUCGCUGCGCUGGAUCUUUGUUGGCGGCAAGGGCGGCGUGGGCAAGACGACGACAUCGUGUAGUCUCGCUAUCCAGCUGGCCAAGGUGCGCCGGUCGGUGCUUCUGAUUUCGACAGACCCCGCCCAUAACCUUAGCGAUGCCUUCAGUCAAAAGUUCGGCAAGGAGGCGCGCCUAAUCGACGGCUUCGAAAAUCUCAGUGCUAUGGAGAUCGACCCUAACGGCAGCAUCCAGGAUCUGCUCGCUGGUCAGGGCGAGACAGACAGCGGCGAGAUGGGCGGCAUGGGCAGCAUGAUGCAGGACCUGGCUUUCGCGAUACCCGGUAUCGACGAGGCCAUGUCGUUCGCCGAGGUUCUGAAGCAGGUCAAGUCGCUGUCGUACGAGACCAUCAUCUUCGACACGGCGCCGACGGGCCACACGCUGCGGUUCCUGCAAUUCCCGUCGGUGCUGGAGAAGGCGCUGGCCAAGGUAUCGCAGCUGUCGACGCAGUACGGCCCGCUGCUGAACGGGUUCCUGGGCGGCAACGGCGCGCUUCCCAACGGGCAGAGCCUGCCCGAGAUGAUGGAGAAGCUCGAGGCGCUGCGCGCCACCAUCUCCGAGGUCAACACGCAGUUCAAGGACGAACGCCUGACCACGUUCGUGUGCGUGUGCAUCCCCGAGUUCCUGUCGCUGUACGAGACGGAACGCAUGAUCCAGGAGCUGGCCAGCUACGGCAUCGACACGCACAGCAUCGUCGUCAACCAGCUGCUCUUCCCCAAGGCCGGCUCCGACUGCGAGCAGUGCACCGCCCGCCGCCGCAUGCAGAAGAAGUACCUCGACCAGAUCGAGGAGCUGUACGACGAAUUCAACGUGGUCAAAAUGCCGCUGCUCGUCGAGGAGGUGCGCGGCAAGGAGAGGCUGGAAAAUUUUAGCGAGAUGCUCGUCAAGCCCUUCGUGCCCCCUUCGUGA